UGCCGCGCCCCCAGAUCUUGCUCGGGGUCUGUCCCGCGGCUACGUGGCACGGCCCUGGCCCUGGCGCACAGUGAAACCCGAAACUCUCACGCCAGGCUCUGAGUGCCCUGCUGGCGAAUAUGGGCUGCGGGUCCGGACCUCUCCCAGAGGCUGCAUGCCUCUGCUCAGCCUUUGUCAGGAAAGGGUGGGAAAAAAUAACCCUAGCAUCCUGCGGUCUUUGUCUCGCCCAUCCCCAGUUUCCGAGUCUGCAGCUGGGGGAGCGGAUGAUACUGAGUCCUACGAGAACAUUCUGGAAAUGAAUGUGCAGUGCAGAGGAAUGCACGGGUGCCUUACACAGAUCGUCCUCCAGGGAGGACACGAAGGCCCAGAGAGGGAAGAUAUAUUUGGACAGGGUCACACAGCGCUAGAAAGCACGGAGCCUGGAGGAGAACCAUUCAUCCACCCUUGGUCUACUCUAGGCAGACUCCUAAGAUGGCAGCUCAGGGUGAAAUAUGAGUCAUCCAGGCUGCUACCUCCUUACCAAGAGGCAUCUCAGCUCAGAGUGGACUUCAGAGAGAAAGUGUGUGGGGUGUCCCUGGUGGUGAAUGUGGCCAGCGAGUGUGGCUUCACAGAGGAACACUACCGGGCCCUGCAGCAGCUACAGCGAGACCUGGGGCCCCACCACUUCAAUGUGCUUGCCUUCCCCUGCAACCAGUUUGGCCAACAGGAGCCCGACAGCAACAAGGAAAUUGAGAGUUUUGCCCGCCGCACCUACAGUGUCUCUUUCCCCAUGUUUAGCAAGGUCGCAGUGACUGGAACUGGUGCCCACCCUGCCUUCAAGUACCUGACCCAAACUUCUGGAAAGGAGCCCACUUGGAACUUCUGGAAGUACCUAGUGGCCCCGGAUGGAAAGGUGGUAGGGGCUUGGGACCCAACCGUGUCGGUGGAGGAGAUCAGACCCCAGAUCACAGCGCUUGUGAGGAAGCUCAUCCUGAAGAAGCGAGAAGACUUAUAACCACUUUCCCUCCUCUCUCACUGCCCACUCCCCCUACCUUCCAUGGACGACCAAAGCAAACUCAAAUGGUGCUUCUAAGGGAGAGACCAUGGCUCUCCUUCAUCCACUCUUAUCUCAUCUACUCCAUUAUUCCUGUGGGGGGGAAAUUCUAGUAUUUUGAUGAUUUGAAUCUUAGAGCAACCUAUAAGAACUCCUGGUCAGUGACAGCUCCUGACCAAUAAAUCACCAGUCAAUAAGAACCUCUAGCCCAUGAAAACAUGUGGCAAAUAGAAGUAUAUCAAGCAAUAAUCUCCUACCUAUUAAAAACUCUAUAAAACAGGCCGAUUCCUAGUUCACAGGGCUGUUGUGAGGAUUAAUGAACGACCUAUGGAUGUGUCUAGAGCAGUGCCAGCUCAAUAAGAGGCAUUCAAUAAAUGUUUUUUGCAUAUAAACCAAAAAA